AUGCCUACGAAGCGAAAUAAAAAAGAUCAAGGUCCAAGUCUUUAUAAAGCAUUUGCUGAUGCUUAUAUGAAUGCUCGGCCUGAUGAAAAACAAGCUGUAAAACAUCGUGGUGCUCAAGCUGAAUGGAAUGAAAUAAAAUCGAAUGAAGAAUAUGUUAAAGAAAAAAUCGAAGAAUAUUUAGAAAUAUGUAACGAACUUAGGGCACCUUAUUAUCAAGCUUUUGAACACCAACCAUCAUCUAUUUCUUCAAAUCUACCAAAAGAUAAUUGUAAUCGACUACUAACAAAAGAUAAAAUAGAUCAAUUAAAUGAAACAACAAAUCAAGAUAAUAAUGAAGAUGUUGAAGAUUAUGAUGAUGAUGAUGAUGAUGAUGAUGAUGAUGAUGACGAUAAUGAUGACGACGAUAAUGAUGAAGAUGAUCAAGGAAAAAAUAAAAAGACAAAAAAACAAAAAAGUGGUAAUAUUAAAAAACGUAAACUAGUUGAUGAAGAAUUACUAAAAGAUCUGCAAGGUUUACCAUCUGUAGAUGGUGUUCAAUUAGAACCGUUAUCAACACAAACAAGACAACCAGCACAAGAACGUGUUUUUAGAGAAUUAAGCGCAAUUAAUGACCGAAUUGCUUCAUUAAUACAAGUUAAACAAAUGGGUUUAUUAACACUAGAAAAUAGAAAACAAUUAAAACAAUUAAUAAAAGAUAGAAAAACAAAGGCUUUUCAAUUAAAACGUCUUCAAUCGAAAACAAAAGCUUCAUUUAGAUAUAGAGAUAAACGACGAAGAAUUAUUGAAUAUUUAUUUGAAACAAAGCCUGAACUACGUCCACGAUUAAAAAAACUUUAUCGUCCUGGUGGUGGUCGACCACGAAUUGAAGAAGAAUGUCCUGAUUUAUUACAAAUAAUUGAAGAAAUUGCAAAAGUUGAUGGAGCAAGUGAUAAUCGAAGACGAUCAGAAACUAUUCGACCUUGUUUAACAUUAGAUGAUUUAAGAGAAAAACUUAAACAAAGAGGUAUUAAUAUUAAAAGAACAACACUUUAUUAUCGUUUGUUACCUCAUCGUGCAAAAUCAAGAGAUGGCCGUCGUCAUGUUAAUACUGCUCCAGUUCGUCUUCGUCGUGCUCGAAAUGAUGAUCAUGGAAAACAUGAAGAUGGUCAUUUUGCUACAGCAACAAUACGUUAUAUGAAAGAUUUAGCUUCAAUAUUCGGCAAUGAUUGUGUUUUUUAUUUAUCACAAGAUGAUAAAUGUAAAGUUCCAUUAGGUUUACCUGCGGCUAGAGUUCAAGCGCCAAUGUUAAUGCAUUUGGAUUAUCGAAUAAGUUUACCAGAUCAUGAUUGGGUAGUUGCACCUCGACAUCAAUUAAUACCAAGUGUAUAUGCAGCAUGUCUUUUAUCUCAAGAUGGAGAUGUAGGUCAUUCAGGUCCAACAUAUAUAGCUAUACGUUCAGCUAAACAUGAUCUAUCAACUGCUGAAUCACAUGCAAUAGAUUUUGAUCGUCUUAUGUGUUUAAAAGAAUUUGAAAAAGUAGCACGUGAUGAAACUGGACGAGUUAAACCAAUUGUUAUUGUUACUGUUGAUGGUGGUCCUGAUGAAAAUCCACGUUUUCCAAAAACUCUUGUUGCAAGUAUUAGAAAAUUUAAAAAAUAUAAUUUAGAUGCACUUUUUAUUCUUACACAUGCUCCUGGUCAAUCAGCCUAUAAUAAAGUUGAAGGUCGUAUGGCUCCAUUAUCUCAUGAUUUAGCUGGUCUUAUAUUACCACAUGAUCAUUUUGGAUCACAUUUAAAUGAUUCAGGUGUAACAAUAAAUAUUGAAUUAGAAAAAUUAAAUUUUCGUAAAGCUGGACAAAUCUUAGCUGAAAGAUGGAAUCAUUCUAUUAUUGAUGGAUUUCUAUGUGUUGCUGAAUAUAUUAAUCCACCAGCGACAACAGAAGAUGAACGUAGACAAGUGGAUACGAAAAUUGUUAUGGAUGGAAUUUUACGAAGAAUUUGUGCUGAAGAAGAAGCAGAAGAAGGAUGUGAAUUUCAUGUUCAUGCAUCGGAUGAAUAUUAUCAAGAAAGAGCUCGUCUACGAAGAGAAAACUUUGGUGAACAACUAAAAUAUGAUAUUGAUGAAUAUUGGUGUGCUAUGCAUGUUUUACAAACACAAUAUACUUUACAAAUUAUUCGUUGUAAUUCAGUUGAAUGUUGUGGUCAAUGGCGUUCCAAUUAUGUUCGAAUAUUUCCUCAUCGAUUUUUACCAUCACCUGUACCAUUUGAACGUACAGCAUUUGGUAUUAGAAUGGCAGAGAAAGAUUUUCAAAGAGGACAAUUUUAUGGAUCAUUAUUUCAACGAAUUCAAUUUCAUGGCAUUGUUAUUCAACAUACACAGAAUGAAAUGUUACCAUUUGAUUAUUGUUGUUCAUCAGUAAAAAAAGAAAUAAAAAAACGUAUAUGUAAAGUAUGUAAUCAAUAUAUUCCGUCAGCAUAUCGUAUGAAAAAUCAUUAUAAAAUUCAUGCACGACAUCAUGAAGAUGUUGACCAUAAUCAAGAUGAUACAUUACCAUCACCAGCAGCAACAACUGAUAUAAAAACAGAUUCAAAUGAAAGUCAAUCAACAACAGCAACAGCGGUAGCACCUAUACUUAAAGCAGAAAUAUUAGAUUGGCUUCAAACAGAUUUCGAUGACUGCGGUCUGGAUUCAGCAGCAAUUCAACCUACAAGUGAUCGUAUUACACGUUCGAUGAAAAAAAAAUUACGCGUUGAAGAAAACAAAGAUGAUGAUGACAAUAAAGAUUACGUGCAUGUAGAAUAA